CGAACGUCGUCGGGUCGCGGACGUACAACACAUUUCACGGCGGUCCGUCGCGCCCGCACACCAUGUAAAAUACCCACAUAAUAUUAUUGUAUGAGCGUGCGCGUUGUCCAACAUUAUGUACCAGCCAUAUUAUAGAUGCUGAACAAUUAAACCGAUCAUGAUUGGCCCUUUAAUAAAAGCGGCUUUCAUCACCACGGUUGUGAUUUGUGGCGUGCACUGUGAACGAUACAUAGGACGGACGUUGGAAUGGAAGAAGAGAACAGGUUGCUUAUUUAACCGUAAUGUUUGUACUCAACGCGAAUUGUGCUUCGAUGAUCAUGCAUUUGGAAAAUGCAUUCCAAGUUAUAAUAACGGAGCCGAUGAAUACACGUACAAAUUAAUAAUGAAUAACCUCAUGGUCUUACGAGAAGAUAUGAAAUUCCUCUACUACAACGGUUAUAGUUGGCCGCAUCCUUUUACACAAUGUGUACUUCAAAAUCGAUUGAAAUUGAUAAGAUAUAAUUUGCCACCAGUUGACAAUUCGAUUUGUAAUCAAUAUUUAAGAGUACCUGAUAAUAAACAAAAUGAUGAUGGUGAUUUUGCGGACUACUACAAACAACCUGAUUUGUACGUGAAUGCUGAAGAUAUUGGUCGAGGUCGUGAUUACUAUCCGGAAAUAGAUUAUGAAUAUCGUCGAAAUAUGAUCAAUCGAAAUAGACUUCAAGGAACUCCCUUGUACUUACCAUGGAUGCCAGGCUUAAAACAACAACAACCACAGUACGAAGAAGAUCCAAGUCCGUUAGUUUAUGGUCAACCGAGAUUCCAUCCAGAUUACAACACGCCAGAAGGAUUUAGAGCAGGUGAAGAAAUAAAGGACAAGAUUGACGAUGAGUGGAAAAAAUUGAGACAAAUGGACAUGCUAUCAAAGGGUAUAGACAAUUCGAAUAAAGCUUACACGGAAGGUGGUUUAGUGUUCUUACCGAAAAAAGGAUGGAUAUUUAUAGGAGCUAAUGGCGAGGAAGACGAUGUAAUGUUUAGCGAUUUCAUUAAUAAUUAUGAUUCGGAAUCGGGUUGGGCCGGAUUCAAAAGACCUGAACGAUUAGACGUUAAGAAACCAGGACCAUUCUUUAAAUUAAAUAAUUAUGUAAAAAAUGACGAAGGAAAUGAACCAAAAUCAGCCGAGGAUAUAACGAAAACAGUUGAUGCAACAACUUUGUUAGGAACAAACCGAAAAACGGAUUCAGAAGAUAAUAAAUCAGCUAACGGCAAGCCAACAAAACUGACUCAAGAUGAUUUCAAAAUAACUUAUGUGAGCAAACUUGCACCAGGAGAAGAAAAAGAUGGACAGAAAAAAGAAAAAACCAAAGAUAAAAUGAAUGACACAGAUAAUGAUAAUUAUGAAGUGGUGGAUACUUCUUAUGUCUGCAUCCGACUAAAAGACAAGAUAAGUAAUCGAGAAAGAGGAGACAAACUACUAAAAACACUGGCAAAUAUUAUUAACGUUGACUUUAAAUCAAUGGUGAAUGCUCGCUAUGAAGAAUCCGAAAUCACAUUCCAAAUACUGCCAAGUGCUGGAAUCAACGUUACGGAAAUAGUGAAAAAAAUAGAAACAAUGAAAAACAAAUUCGCAAAGAAAUCGGGUUAUACCAUUGACUUUGUGAGCAUUGGAGACAAGGCCAAGACACCAUCAGUGAUGAUGAGUUCUACGUACGAAGACAGCAAAAAUUUCGAAUGGAUUUUCAUGUCCGUCGCAGCUGUGUGCGCGGUAGUAGCCUCAGUUGCGGCAUUAUUAAUAAUUAGAAGACAUUCAAGAUAUAAAAGCAAAUUUGAAGGAUUGAUUGGUAGUAGUGCGGAGGUCAGUAAAGAUUAUCAGGAAUUAUGCCGAGCACGAAUGUCGAAUAAGAAAGAAGAACCGAAUGCCACGUCCCAAAGAAUAGCAAGCUUGUCGAAAGAUCCAGACAACAGUCCUUCUUCAAGGUCAAGCACGUCUUCGUGGGGAGAGGAACCAGUCUUAUCGAACAUGGAUAUUUCUACCGGACACAUGGUUUUGGCGUACAUGGAAGAUCAUCUGAACAACAAGAACCGAUUGGACAGCGAAUGGGCUGCGCUAUGCGCGUACGAGGCAGAACCAUGUGCGGUAAACGUUGCGAGAAAGCCGGAUAACGCCAAGAAGAAUCGUUACAUCAAUGCACUUCCAUACGAUCAUGCCAGGGUCGUGAUCAACGAGUACGCUAACAUGAACAACUCGGACUACAUCAACGCAUCAACGAUAACCGACCACGAUCCACGUAACCCGGCGUAUAUCGCAACACAGGGACCGUUGGCUGAGACAUCGGCGGACUUUUGGCAAAUGGUGUGGGAACAAGGGUGCGUGGUGAUCGUUAUGUUGACCAGACUAGUGGAGAACGACGUGGUGUUGUGCCAUCGUUACUGGCCAGAAGAAGGAUCGGAACUCUAUCACAUAUAUGAGGUGCAUUUGGUGAGCGAACAUAUAUGGUGCGACGAUUACUUGGUGAGGAGCUUUUAUUUGAAGAACUUGAAAACCGGAGAAACCAGGACCGUCACUCAGUUCCACUUCUUGACAUGGCCGGACGGAGGCGUACCGAACACCACCAAAGCUCUUCUGGAAUUCCGCAGGAAAGUAAAUAAGUCGUUCCGUGGCAGAUCUUGUCCUAUUGUCGUGCAUUGCAGUGAUGGUGUUAGUCGUACUGGUUCGUAUUGCCUAUUGGAUAUGGUGCUUAAUCGUAUGGCGAAAGGAGCUAAGGAGAUUGAUAUAGCUGCUACUCUGGAGCACAUCCGGGAUCAGCGUUCGGGUGCGGUGGCUACAAAGGCGCAAUUCCAAAUGGUUCUGGCCGCCGUGGCCGAAGAAGUGCAAGCCAUAUUGAAAGCUUUGCCAACAACAGACACCUCAACCUUUACCACCACCUCCACCACCAGCCCAACAUUGAAUUUCUUUUAUCCUGUUACACAUACACGAUUUAAGCUCUACCCUUUGCUAGUGUUUCCUAAACUAUAGGCUCAAAAAAUAUUUUUUUGAUCUCAUCAUCAACUAACUUCUAGAUGUCUUUUAAUAUCAUAAUAAAACAUUUAUUCGGAUGCUUGAAA